AUGUUGGAUGAUGAGAACCAUCGGGUGUUGGGAGGUGAGGCCGGAGGGGAGGACGGUGGCGUCGCUCUUACUCGCCCGCACCCCGCCACGGGAGAAAAUAGCAAGUAUGGGCAAGCCUUGGAGAUUAAUCUUGGGAAGGCGUCUUCGCGAAACACUUGCUUCGGCAGGUUGAUGUGGAACUCCUGUAAAGUGAAAUGGGUUAUCUGCGAAACAGCUGCACAAAGACUGCAGUGGGUGAGGCUGCAAGUGUUCUACAAGCUAAAGGCCGUAGGCAGGAAGGCACUAACGAAUAAAUGGAUCUCCACAGUGUAUUUGAAUUGCUGAAGUGGAAAAAACCAUUGUAGUAGUCUAAAGUGAACAUUGGCGUCUUCUGCCACACUGAAAUUCCUAGGGUCAGCAGUUGCUGGUAGUCCACCACCUGGAGAAAACAUUUCACAAAAUGAGUAUAUAGAUGGAGACAAUUCUUCGGUAGACAAAGUGAACAGUUUAUUAGCAAUGAUACAAGCAAUGCAGAAGUUGUAGCAGCACUAGAUUGGUAUA